AGUGCCUCGGACUUCCGCUGGCGUCGGCGAUCCGCGCCGCUCCCCGGAAGUGCCGGGCUCCGCUUCCGGCCCCAAGCCGCCUUCCCAAGAUGGCGCCGCUGGACCUGGACAAGUACGUGGAGAUCGCGCGGCUCUGCAAGUACCUGCCCGAGAACGACCUUAAGCGCCUCUGUGACUAUGUCUGCGACCUGCUGCUGGAGGAGUCCAACGUCCAGCCCGUCUCCACGCCCGUCACCGUCUGCGGAGACAUCCACGGGCAGUUCUACGACCUGUGCGAGCUGUUCAGGACCGGCGGUCAGGUCCCCGACACCAACUACAUCUUCAUGGGUGACUUUGUAGAUAGAGGUUAUUAUAGUCUUGAGACUUUCACUUACCUUCUUGCACUAAAAGCUAAGUGGCCUGAUCGUAUCACACUGUUACGAGGCAAUCAUGAAAGCAGGCAGAUAACACAAGUGUAUGGAUUUUACGAUGAGUGCCAAACCAAAUAUGGAAAUGCUAAUGCUUGGAGAUACUGUACCAAAGUCUUUGACAUGCUCACAAUAGCAGCUUUAAUAGAUGAGCAGAUUCUCUGUGUGCAUGGUGGCCUCUCUCCAGACAUCAAGACUCUCGAUCAAAUUCGAACCAUUGAACGUAAUCAAGAAAUUCCUCACAAAGGCGCCUUCUGCGACCUUGUUUGGUCUGACCCUGAGGAUGUGGAUACGUGGGCGAUCAGCCCGCGAGGAGCAGGCUGGCUCUUUGGUGCAAAGGUGACGAAUGAGUUUGUUCACAUCAACAACUUGAAGCUCAUAUGCAGAGCACACCAGCUAGUUCAUGAAGGCUAUAAAUUCAUGUUUGAUGAGAAAUUGGUAACGGUAUGGUCUGCUCCAAAUUACUGCUACCGCUGUGGAAAUAUUGCGUCAAUCAUGGUCUUUAAAGAUGUAAAUACAAGAGAACCAAAGUUAUUCCGUGCAGUUCCAGAUUCAGAACGUGUAAUUCCUCCUCGAACAACCACACCGUAUUUCCUCUGAGCCCCCUCCCCGCCUGCUGCCUCCCUCUUCCCCUGUACUGUCCCUUUACAAUAUACUUUUUAUUGAGCACUUUGCUGCUGAAAUGCUGCCUCUUGCCUUUUUUAUUUUUAAAUUAUCUAAAUUUAUUGUGUAUUAUCGUGUCUGUAGCAAGUUCCCUUUGUUUCCCCCCCUACCCUAGAUUAAUUUCAGAGUAUUUGUAAUACAUCCUUGAAAUUUAUACUACUGCAUGUAGUCCUUACCUAUUUCUGGGUUUAGACGAAACGUUUUCCUUUUAACAAUCGUGAUACCCGGGACGCAGCUGGGUCCCAGGGUGUUGAUCAGCUUUUUGUUUGGUAAGUUUUAAGAAAUUUCAGCAGCAAAGUUAGGACGUUGGUGUGCGCGGUGGGACUGUGAAUGCCUCGUGUUGUGUGCGCGUCGCGGCGUAGAACCCAGCCGUCCUCGUCAGAGCUUGUUUUACGUGGAUCAAAUAAAGUGGUCGGAAGGGCUGUUCCCCCCCCCCCCCUUUUUGUUUUGUUUUCUUAGGAUUCCAGUUAAAAAUAUGAAAACCUGCUACAGCGACUGAAUUUGUACAUUAAAAUAAUUGUUCUGAUUUUUUUUCAGA